AUGGACAAACGACGAGCUCCGAAACACGAACCUGUUCCAGUUGAAUCAUAUCGGCGCUUGACUGCCAUCGACGCCGCUGCCUCUACGAACCCGCCCUCUUGCGCACGCAUGCUUGUGCGGGACUUCAUCGACGAUUCGCUGUACAACCCAUCCUAUGGCUACUUUUCCAAAAAGGCCUUCAUUUUCAGUCCCGCCGAGAAUAUCCGAUUUAAGGAUAUCCGCGACAGCUAUGAGUUUAUGAACCACUUGUCGGCGCUGUAUAGGGAAGUGGAGGGUGAUUUCAACGAAGCGAAUGAUAUUGCCAGGCAGGUUUGGCAUACGCCAACUGAAUUAUUCAAGCCAUGGUAUGGAUACGCUGUAGCGAAGCACAUAGUCUCAGAGUUCAAGCGAGAUGAUGGAGGGAUAAAAGAUUUGAUUAUCUAUGAGGUCGGGGCCGGAAAUGGAACGCUGAUGGUCAACAUCUUGGAUUAUAUCCAAAUGUAUGAACCAGAACUGUAUGAGCGGACGAGGUACCGGAUCAUCGAAAUCAGCUCGAAACUGGCAGAAAGACAAUCAGAAAGGCAGGACGUAAGGGACGUGACACGGAGGCACAACUGCGUGGAAAUCAUCAACAAGUCGAUCUUUACGUGGGACGAACAAGUUCCGGACUCAUGCUUCAUUAUCGCAAUGGAGGUCAUUGAUAAUUUUGCCCACGACAUGGUGCGGUACGACUAUGCGACAGGGGCACCUCUACAGGGUGUCGUUCUGAUCGACGAGGACGGGGAUUACCAGGAAGCCUAUGAACCUCUCAAUGACCCUACCAUUCAACGGUACUUAGAGUUGCGGGCAAGCCUCGGGUACCGAUCGCCCCUCAUAUCCCAUCCAUGGCGCCGCAACCUCCGCUCCAUUCUUCCGUUUGCACCAAAUCUCACAGAGCCGGAAUUCCUUCCUACAAUGUGUCUGAGACUAUUUGACCAGCUUCACGCCCGAUUUCCGAAACAUCGUCUUAUCCUCUCAGACUUCGAUUCUCUCCCGGACGCUGUUCCGGGCAUCGAUGCACCGGUCGUGCAAACUAGGUAUCAAGGCAUGAUGAUUCCGUGCUCUACGUACCUUGUGCAACCGGGAUGGUUCGACAUCUUCUUUCCCACGAAUUUUGAAUUGAUGAGGGAUAUGUACAACAAGGUCGUUGGGGGAGAGGGUCGACGUAGUACCCCUGCGACAGUUAUGACACAGCAAGAGUUCCUGGAACGGAAUGCGAACCUCAGCGAAACGAGGACAAAGUCUGGAGAAAAUCCAAUGUUGACCUUCUACCAGAAUUUCAAGUUUCUUGUCUCCUAG